AUGUUGGGAACAAGCCAAGUGGACGUGGAUGAUGGGAUUCAGUUGAUCACGGGGCGCAGCAGCAGUCCUAGAUUUCUACGCCAUAGAAUCCCCCUCUCCCAACCCCGCAACGCCAUCCUCGGCCAGCUUUUAUCUUGCAUAGUCGGCAUCUCCAUCGCCAAACUCUUCGCCCUCUCCCCCAAUUUCGAAUCCAUCCGAUGGCUGGGCGCUUCCUUAGCCUGCGCCUCAGCAACGGCGGUCAUGGCGCUCACAGGAACUGUGCAUCCACCCGCUGGAGCCACGGCGCUGAUGGCUGUACUUGAUGAUAAAGUCCAGGGGUUGGGAUGGUUCCUCAUGGCGCCGGUAAUGUUGGGAUGUGUGAUUAUGCUGGUUUGUGCGUUGUUGGUGAAUAAUAUUAGGAGGAGGUUUCCUUUUUAUUGGUGGAGUCCUGAGAAGACGGGGGGGUUUUGGUCGGGGAAGAAGGGGGAGGGACAGGGGGAGGGGGUGAGUGAGAAGGAGGGGGAGAAGGGGGUAGGCAAAGCCGGGUCGAGCUCGGAGUCGGGCGGUGGAUUGGAGAGGGGAGCGAGGAGUGAUGAACGACUCAGGGAAGGAGAUGGAGAGGGAGAUGUGGAUAUCGAGGCGCAAAGCGGUGGGACGUUGACGGAAUCGGGGGAUGAUGAUGAUGAUGAUGAUGGGGAGGAUAGUGAGGGGAGGAUAAGGAAGAAGAAGAAGCAGGAUGGUGGGCUGAGGGUCGUUAUUAUGAGGGGAGGCGUGGAGAUUCCUGAGGGCCUUAAUCUGAGGCCGGAGGAGAUCAGGUUUUUGGAGACACUUGCUGAGCGGUUAUGA